AUGGUCUUCUCCCAACCUGCUGGUUUUGCUACCGCAUUACUGUUGAUCACCCCAUAUACGCCAAACAUUGUAACCGUUGAAACUACACCAGGUUGUUUAACGGACAAUUUCUAUGGAACAUACGGAGGACGGAGCGUUUUCCGUCUCUCACUUCCAUGCCUUGAUAGCAGUUCUUUCCAUGGCUUAGACGAGGCCUCUCUGGUUCCAUAUGAAGCCAACGGUGACCGGGAACUUAUAUGGCUGCAAGAGGCGGCUAUCGAUAGUGCUCUGGUAACUCCAGAGUACCAGGCGGAGGUCCAGGAUUUCUUCAGGUGGUUGGAAGAGGACGGACACAUUAUGGGAAGUGGACAGCAGCUAUCUGGUCAUCAGCAGAUACUGUCUGCUGCAGAUCCUGGGAUAGAGUUGCAGUUGGUAAACAUCCAACCAGAAGGAGGAUCCUACGGCCUCAUCGCCAUCGAACCAAGUCUAGCGCCCAGCAUCGAGGCGCUGCUCCCUCGCUACUGGAAGCCAUACACUCUACCCAAACAACCCUCGUCGUAUCUCCCGGUCCCAAAACCUGCUCUCGAACACGUCAGGAACCUCCUCGAGACUGUUCGCUUCGACCCGACUGUCUCAUCAGUCGUGAACAGCAUCUCCUUGAUUCAGAUGCGGAAAGAUAUCAGGUGGCUCACCGGUGAAGAUGGAGUGUCUGGAAUCGUCUCCCGGCACUCAUUCGCGGACGGCUCUCGUGUCGCUGCUGCUUGGCUCAAGGAGCGUUUCGAGGAGACGGGCGCAACUUGCGAACUCAAGCCUUUCAUGCGCGGAUUCGCACCGAACGUGGCCUGCAAAUACUCUGCGUCGGUGGACACAACAGCCACUGUCCUCAUAUCUGGGCAUUAUGAUUCUCGUGGCUCCUUUGGUUCGCAGAGGGCUCCCGGAGGAAAUGAUGAUGGCUCAGGCACUAUCGCCCUUCUUGGUAUCGCACGUGCCAUUGCCAACACCGGCGUCAAAUUCCGCAGCAAUGUAGAGCUCGUCGCGUUUGCAGGCGAGGAACAAGGCCUGUACGGUUCAAAGGCCUAUGCCCGCGAGAUGCGCCAGAAGAAUGCAAAUAUCACUGUGAUGAUCCAGGCUGAUAUGCUUGGGUACCAUGCCCCAGGCGAACCUCCUCAACUUGGACUUCCGAUGUACAUCGGUACUGUAGAAGUGGCUCAACUUGUUUCCAACAUGUCAGCCAUCUACAGCCCUGAGCUUACUGUGGGCUACACCGCUGCAUGCUGCAGCGAUCACCAGUCCUUCCACGAGCAAGGAUUCCCUGCAACCCAAGUGUUUGAGCGUGCUGGCCCAAUUGCGGACCCCAUGUACCACAACAGCGCUGAUCUUAGCGAACGUCCCGGCUACGACCUCAGCCAGAUUCGUUCCAUUGCGAAAGUUCAGUUCGCCACCCUGCUACAUGCCGCAGGGUUCGAUUUUUCUGAUGACGAAGACCUGAAGUGA